UCUUCUACAACGACUUGCCCGCGCAACUCGCGUGAAAGGAGCAAACAAAGACAACAAACACCAGGCAAAUAUCCAAAAACACAAUGAGUGUGGACGUGAAAAAACUGAAAGUCAACGAGUUAAAGGAGGAGCUCCAGCGCCGUGGCCUGGACACCAGAGGCCUGAAGGCAGACCUGGUAGAGAGGCUGAAAGCCGCUCUGGAGGCUGAAGCUCAGGCUGAUUCCGGGGAGCAAGAGGAGAAAGGGGAGCAGCAGGAGGAGGAAUACGGCGAGGACUACCAAGACAAUGACGAUGGAACGGAUGCGCAAGAGCAACAAGAAACAGCUGAGGACUAUGGUGGUGGUGAUGAUGAAGCUGAUGCCCCUCAAGAGGAGGACGAGGGUCGAGAUUCAGGUGGUUACUACGAAGAAGAGGAGGCAGAAGGAAACCCUUAUGAAAGUCAGACACCUUCAGACUCGGGUCACAACGUGCCCGACUUCACAGCAGACGAGGAUAUUCAGAAAUCUGACGUGAUGUCUGAGGAAGAGCCCAAGCGUGCGCCGCCGAAGGAGGAGGAGGAGAAUCAAGUGAAUACACAAGAAGUCAAAGUGGAAGUCAAAAUGGAAGACGAGUCUGAGGGUGUAGGAGAUAGACAACAAGACAGUCAGCAAGAACAGCAGCGUGGACAAGACACCGCCGGCCCGGCAGAACAGGUCAAAGCUGAAGCUGACAGAGGAGGACACUAUGGACGCAAGAGGCCGUAUGAGGAGAACAGGGGCUACGGCUAUUAUGAGCACCGUGAGGAGAAGAGAUCCCGAACACCACAGCCUCCUGCUGAAGACGAGGAGGAGAACAUAGACGACACUCUUGUUACAAUUGAUACGUACAACUGUGAUUUGCACUUCAAAGUGUCCCGAGAUCGCUACAGUGGGUAUCCACUGACCAUCGAAGGCUUUGCUUACCUUUGGGCCGGGGCACGAGCCACUCACGGUGUCACCCGGGGUCGUGUGUGCUACGAAAUGAAGAUCAAUGAAGAGAUUCCUGUGAAGCACCUGCCCAGCAGUGAGCCUGACCCCCAUGUGGUCAGAAUUGGGUGGUCUCUUAACCACUGCAGCACUCAACUCGGGGAGGAGCCUUUUUCCUUCGGAUACGGAGGAACAGGAAAAAAAUCCUCUGACUGUAAAUUUGCGGACUUCGGUGAGAAGUUUGGUGAAAACGAUGUCAUCGGCUGUUACAUUGACUUUGACAGCGGUGACGAGGUGGAGAUGGGCUACUCUAAGAAUGGCGUGUAUUUGGGCGUGGCUUUCCGGACAACCAAAGAGGCUCUGGCAGGCCGUGCCCUGUUCCCUCACGUCCUGGUUAAGAAUUGUGCAGUCGAAUUCAACUUUGGACAGAAGCGGGAGCCUUACUUCCCCCCACAAGAGGGAUACACCUUCAUCCACAAUCUGGGCAUGGAGGACAAGAUCAGAGGCACGAAGGGACCUGCCAGCAAAUCUGAAUGUGAGAUUCUGAUGAUGGUUGGCCUCCCUGCCUGCGGAAAGACCACUUGGGCUGCAAAGCACGCAGAGAGUAACCCGGAGAAGAAGUACAACAUCCUGGGAACAAAUGCCAUCAUGGACAAGAUGAAGGUGAUGGGUCUGCGCCGCCAGAGGAACUACGCUGGACGCUGGGAUGUUCUGAUACAGCAGGCCACUCAGUGUCUGAACAGGCUCAUUGAGAUUGCUGCCCGCAAGAGACGCAACUACAUCCUGGAUCAGACAAAUGUAUAUGGAUCAGCAAGGAGACGAAAAAUGCGUCCUUUUGAAGGUUUUCAACGCAAGGCUAUUGUAAUUUGUCCCACGGACGAGGAUUUAAAAGAACGAACAUUAAAGCAAACCAAUGAGCAGGGGAAGGAUGUGCCCGAUCAUGCUGUGUUAGAAAUGAAAGCCAACUUUACUCUCCCGGAGCCUUGCGACUUCCUGGAGGCAGUGACGUUCGUUGAGCUGCAGCAAGAAGAGGCUGAAAAGCUGCUGAAGCAGUACAAUGAGGAGGGCCGCAAGGCCGGUCCGCCCCCUGAGAAACGCUUCGACAACAGGCCCGGUGGGUUCCGUGGCCGCGGCGGCGGUAGCUUCCAGCGGUACGACAACCGUGAUGGAGCCCGCGGAGGCUACCAGAACCGCAGUGGAGACGGAGGCAGCGGGUACAGAGGAGGCUACAGUCGUGGCAGCUAUAACCAGAACCGGUGGGGCAACAGCUAUCGUGACGGAGGCUCUGAUGGGAGAAGUGGAUAUAACCGCAGUCAACAGUCGGGGGGAAGCUACAGUCGCCCAGCCCCGUACAACAAAGGAGGAUACAACCAGGGCUACAGCCAGAGCUACAAUCAAGGGUACAACCAGGGCAGCUACAACCAGAAUUACUACAGCAACUACAGUCAGUACCCAGGAUACAGCCAGAGCUACAGCCAGACACCUGCCACUGGACAGACGUACAACCACCACCAGCAGCAGCAGCAGCAGCCGCAGCAGCAGCAGGCGCAGCAGCCGCAGCAGAACUACAACCAGCAGUAUCAGCAGGUAGCAAAUGAUUAUGCUCAGCAGUGGCAGCAGUACUACCAGAACCAGAACCAGUGGAACCAAUAUUACAGCCAGUAUGGCAGCUACCCUGGACAGGGCAGCCAAGGCUCAUCUUCUGGCUCCCAGUAGCUUCCCUCCUGCAUCCGUACCUGCAUCCACCUGUGUCCUGAACACCUCUGAUUACUGCAGCAGAUUGGUUUUUGUACAGUCCCACUCUGUGUCGCCCACCAUAAUGUUGUCCAUCUGGUUUAACACAGUAGCCUUCAUUCCUCACCGAUCACUGUACACCCAGACCACAUACAGUUUGAUGUCCAUUAUUUUUACUGAAUUAAGUCUUACUCUGAGCAGUGACCGUGAAGUGGUAGAUCAUAGGUAUCAAGGCAUUUAAUGAAUGUUAUUGAUAAUGCAUUCAGUGUGGAUCUGUGGAGUCCACAUGUACUACAGAUUGAAGAGGUGAUUGUACAUUUCAUAGUGUGAAAAAUGCAGGAAAGCAAACCCUGAAUCAUUUUGCUUGCUUUAAGAACAAAACGCAUGCUUUUUACAUCCACGACCCUGUCUGUCUUUUUAAUUUUCAGUUACCGAUUUUACAAUUUAUUUACCGCAAUAGACACCAAGCAUUAUGAAACAUGCUUUUUUUAAAAUGGCUGUUGAUGCUGUAGUAUUUAAUCCAGACUUUGAUUGAGAAAAAUAUUUUGCCGCUCUUGUCGAGUAGUUCUGUGUGCAGGUUUUUUCUUUUUUCAUCCCUUUGUGAUUGCGCUGCAUUGAGUCCUGUAGUUAAAACAUUUGUUUUCUACCUGAAAAUCCGAUUUUGAUCAGUUACGCGAGCUGUCUUCUUGUCUUUAUACAAUAAAUGCAGUUGUAUAUGCCUGUA